CUAACAACAGACAAAACACGCGGUGCGUGGAAGUGACAGCGGCAAAUUUAGAGAUCUAUCUGUCGUCGGACGGGUACCUGAAAUAAGCAAGUAAUAAAGAUUCCAGAAGCCUGAAGAGCAACAAAUUUGAUGACAAUGGGCAAAUCGUACAACAUGAACACUGCUGGUCGCGGUGACUUUAUGCCGUGUCCAGACUCCAAACUGGACAUAGAGAAAACCCCCGAGGCUGAGGGUGGGGGGAGUGAAGCUCUGCAGGAAGAACGCCCCAAGUGGUCCAAAAAGAUAGACUUUGUGCUGGUGUGCGUGGGUUAUGCUGUGGGCCUGGGUAACAUCUGGAGGUUCCCGUAUCUGUGCCACAAAAGUGGGGGAGGUGCAUUCCUCAUCCCUUACUUCAUCAUGCUAGUGCUGUGUGGGAUUCCUCUGAUGUACAUGGAGUUGGCAGUGGGGCAAUACACCCGCCAGGGGCCCGUUGGGGCAAUGGCCAAGAUCUGCCCUCUGCUGAAAGGUACUGGCCUGGCCACUGUGGUCAUCUCCUUCCUGUUCACCACCUACUACAAUGUGAUCAUCACUUGGGCCAUGUAUUACCUGGGUUACAGUUUUUACUCCACCCUCCCCUGGGGUGACUGUAACCACACCUGGAACUCUGACCAGUGCUGGGAUGCUUCUGUCAACCAAACUGGUGCAAACUCCACCAUCAAUUCCACGCUCAUUGACAACUUCAACUCCACCGUAGAUGCGAUUGUGCGUCGCCCAAACGACACCAUCUCUCCAACUCAGGAUUUUUAUGAGAGAGUGGUACUACAGAAGACUUCUGGUAUAGAUGACUUUGGGACCAUCAAAUGGGAUUUAGCCCUUGUACUUUUUGUCGCAUGGGUUGUUGUUUACUUUUGUAUUUUUAAGGGACCAAAGUCAACGGGAAAGGUUGUGUAUUUUACCGCCACCUUUCCUUACUUGGUGCUGAUCAUUCUGCUGGUGCGAGGCCUCACUUUACCAGGAUCCCUUGAUGGGAUUCUCUAUUUCGUCCGUCCACGCUGGGAACUUCUGCUGGAUGCCACGGUUUGGGUCAAUGCUGCGGCUCAGAACUUCAAUUCCAUUGGCAUUGCCUUCGGGGGCCUGAUUGCAAUGUCCAGCUACAACCGCUUCAACAACAACAUAUUCAAGGACGUCCUCACAGUAACAGCUAUAAACUCAGCUACCAGCCUUUUGGCUGGAUUCGUCAUUUUCUCCAUUUUGGGGCACCUGGCAUACAAACAACAGGCAGAUGUCACAGAUGUUGUCUCGCAAGGUCCUGGGCUGGUGUUCAUUAUUUACCCAGAAGCCUUUUUGUCCAUGCCCAUUCCUCAGCUGUUUGCAUUCUUGUUCUUCUUCAUGCUGAUCUGUCUGGGCAUUGACAGUCAGUUUGCAUCUGUUGAAGUUGUCGUCACCACAAUCCAUGACCACUUUGGAGUUCAGAUGAAGAAGUUCUUCAAGCGGAAGGAGUUUAGCAUUGCCAUCAUCUGUCUGGUGUCAUUCAUCUGUGGACUGCCAUGUGUCUUUCAGGGAGGGAUCUAUUAUUUUGGACUGAUAGAUUACUACGCCGCUGCCUUAUCACUCAUGUACUUGGCCUUUUUUGAGGUCAUCGCAAUAACAUGGAUUUAUGGUGCAAAACGGCUGGCUCGAAAUGUAGAAGAGAUGACUGGCUCCCCACCGUCCAUUUUCUUUGUUGUCUGUUGGUAUGUCCUCUCCCCAUUGCUCAUUUUUGGCAUAUGGAUAUUUAGCAUGAUCCAGUAUGCACCUGUCAAACUUGGAAAGUACGUGUAUCCUGAUUGGUCAGUUGGCUUAGGAUGGGUCAUCGCUCUGAUGUCAAUCAUCUGUAUCCCUGGUGCCGCAUGCCACGCCUUCUACAAGGCAGAAGGAAAGGGUAUCUGGCAGCGCUUCUUGAACGCUCUGCGCUCCCCCAUGCGCGAGGGUCAGUCUUCAACUGCGUACGCAUACACCGCAACAGACAUGCCCCUCCAGGAGAAACAGGAUGCCUAUCUGAUGAACGGGGGAAAACCUCCUCUGUGAUAACCCAACUUACCUCAUUACAGUAGUGUAAUUGUUUGGCCUCAGUGAUGUCGUUGUCGUAGCCUUGCAGAAGUGUUAUGGUGAUGAUGGUGAACUGGUUGAAGCCAGGAAAUCAUGUCAUUAUUUUUGCACAGUAUGCCAUGUUUUGGAUACCUGUAUGUCUGUACUAUUGAUAGAGAAGGUUAUUUUUCACAUCAAAUUUGUGGUAAUGAAAAAGAAAAUUUUCUGAGGUAGUUUUUUCUCUUAUGUACAUUUAAAUGUGUAUUUGUUAAGAUUAGUUUUACUUAUACAUGCGUCUACAAAUGUUUAUAACAUGUUUCUUCAAUACAUGACCACUGUCUUGCUCUGUACCCACUGUUGAUCAUGGCGGAAAAAAAGUCUUUGUAUGUCUUUUAAUGAUUAUUCAUUGUUUAAUGUUGCAUUUGUUUUUUGUUUGAUCUUUUUAAAAAUCAAGAGGUAUAAUGUUUUUAGGAUGUUUAAUGCACCAUUUAUUUUCUCCACAUUUUUAUAUUCUUCAAGGAGAGUGGGAUUAUCAUGAUUGUUUGAAGUCAUUCGCUUUGCUGAAAGGCACAUACAUGUAUUUUCUUUGUUCUUUUAAUUGUAACUCCAUCAUAAUCUCGGAUUUCUAUAGGAUCAUAUAAUGACUACUUCAUGUUAAGACUGUUGAGGUAUCCAGUCUCUUGGUUCACUCACGUGUUUUAACACACAUGCUCAUUUGCCUUCUGGAGAAUUCAUUGUGGACAUGACCUGAUUAAAUCUGAACAAGAAGUCAGUGGUUUUUCAGUUCCAUUUUUUCUUCAUGUUUUAAAAUUUUAGACAUGGCCAUUUUCUGUGGCCACUUUGCACUAUUUGCAUUGUGUAAUUUUCGUAAAAUUUUGUCAAAGGGGAUUUAUGAAUAGAAAAGUAACUAUUUAUAUUUCUAUAUUGUGACUCUUCCAUAUAUCCCACAAAGAUAAAUACAGCACUGUCAAAGAACAUGUCCAGCACGGUUUGCUGAGAUGUGCAAGAUUCUGCAGGGAACCAGAAUUCCAAAGAUACAUGACUGUUGAUAUUCACGAAAUGUGUUGCGUUUUGACAGCGGCUUCGGCAUCUGAGGGAUUUUAUACAGGGCAUAAUACAUGGAGACACUUAGGAGUACAAAAUUACCUAUAAUUUUAUAGAACGUUUCGAUAUUUCAAUUCUGAUAUUUCUAACGUGACCCCCCCACCCCUACCCACCCAACAGAAAUUUGCCAUGGAUAUGACCCAGGGAUGACAGCUCUGUUUUUCACCAAAGAUUAAAUCACUCUGGUGUGCGAGCUGUGGAGAAAAACGGUUAAUAGUUCGUGAAAAAGCCUUGUGAAAUGUCCACAAAUGAUGUACACCAGCUUUGUACAGAAGCGCUUUUGGGUGAAAAGUUGGUGGAAAGUUCCAUGGAAUUAUUGGCGAUUUACUCAACCAGGAAUGAACCAGCUGUGCAGAUUUACGCACUGUUACUUUUAAAUGGAGAUGAUCUUAAAGACAUUAGAAAUAAAAAGGCAAAACUGGUAUCAGUAUGGUACUGUUGAGUGACUGGUACAUGAGUGGUAAAGCACCAAAGUUGUAUCAACCUGUACAGUGGUACAAAUGGCUGAGCUGUCUGACAAUGUAUUACAUGUAUGCGAAUUCAGAAUGAACUUCAUUGAUAGUAUUAAAAUUGAUCAGAAAGUUUGUCUGUUGUGAUGGCUGGUGAGUUAAAGACUGGAUGUGGACAAGACAUUUGAUCAUACAUUGAUCAGAAAAUUUUUCUGUUGUGAUGGCUGGUGAAUUAAAGAAUGGAUGUGGACAAGACAUUUGAUCAUACAUUGAUCAGAAAUUUUUUCUGUUGUGAUGGCUGGUGAAUUAAAGAAUGGAUGUGGACAAGACAUUUCAUCAUGCAUUGUAUAAAAGUAUUGACAGUCCAUUUUCUGUUUUAAAACAUCAAUAUUGCAAGCUCCAUUGAGUCGGCUUUAAACCAUAGUGCUGCGCAUGUAUAUGUCUUAAUUUUAGCAGGAACCAUUUUUAUUAGUUUUAUGGGCAUGAUUUUUAUAUUGUUGUAUACAUAUGCUCUAAUUCCUCAACCUUUUCACACAUGAAAGAGCUACUUUCAGUACAAUUUGUCUACACUUUAAAUUAGAUUUUGGAGAAAAAACUUCAAUUUGUGGAGUGGACCAAUUUCACGGCUUCACAAAAAGUGUCAUUUUAUCUGUCUACAGAAAAAUGCCUUUAGAAAUGCUUGAUUAAACAUCUUGCAAACGUGCGAAAAGGUUGAAGAAUUACAGUAAGUCAUCUUAAAACCAUUGUGUCAUUAUAGAUAGCUAUCUAUUUUAUUAUUACAGAUAAGUUUUACUCGUUUGUUUAUACUAGUUCACAAUUUUCAAGCGGUAAGUUACUCAUGUUUCACAUAACACGGGCAGGUACACAUGUACUAAGAAACGUAAUCAUCUUAGAAUUUAGAACAUUCCAUCGUAAAUUUUUUCCUUUGGUUU